UGAAGGGGAAGUCGAUGUCGUCUUCAAGUUUAUAAGCGAGAGUUUACUUCUCACUGUUUGAGAAGGCACGGUCUGAAGAAGUGGUGUGCGACAAACCGAUUGGCCCCAAUUGCAGGUACUACCACCGUUGGAUUCACACGAACCGACCUGGCGAGACACGAAAACAUGCUGUAUUUCCCAAGCCAGACUUAUAAUUCGACGUUCCCACACAACCGUAUCUCCUUUCCGCUUUCCCUCAUCGAAUGGCCAGCACAGAACCUCGAAACGUUUCCAUUGACGAUUCAGCCCCAUCAGAUUCGAUAUCCUACCAGCCGACGGAUUCAUGGCUUGACAAUAUAGAGCUUCAAAGGUGUACGAAUUGUGUUCGGGUGGAUGCGACCUCGUUGUUUAAUGGGACUUUUCAUUUGGGAGUGCAUAAUGUUACGAUCGACGCGGGUCUUCCAGGUACAUCGACGAGUGGCUCAGUCUCUGGAACCCAAACUGCGAUUGUGGACGGUGAAGGUGAAGGUGAAGAGGACCAUGGAGGUGGAAAGGGUCGAGGUCAGGGUGGUGGAGGCGGCGGUGGCGGCGGUGGUGAAGGUGGACGGAUAGAAGCUCGUAAAGUCGACGACGAGGUGGUUGCUGCGCAGUUCAAAUUCACGGGUACUGCCGUUUACCUUUACUCCAUCCUUCCCCAGUCGGGUGUUGUGCCUUCUGAUUCUCAAUCGCAGACGACAGUGAACCUCACAUUCAGCUUGGAUAAUCAGCCUUCUGGGUCGUUCUUCUACGUGUCGACAAAUACCACUUCGUCAUCGUCAGCCGAAUCAGACAGUCUCGUUCUUGCUCUCAGAAAUCUAUCAGAGCAACCCCACGUCUUAGUCGCCACUGUCGCACCAGGGUCGAUCUUCUUAUUGGACUAUAUGGUAUACACUACAACGCUCGAUGAUUUUGCAGCACAACCCACUUCAUCUGGUAACAGCAAAAAAGUAGCCACCUACGCAGGUGCCAUAGGCGGUUCCGUCGGUGUCCUCGCCCUCAUCUCUCUUGUCACUUUCAUCUCUAUAUUAUACCGAAGACGCAGAUCGGCGAGACGGUCUUCUUCACCUUUAGUAGGAGGCAGAGUACGGGCACAGCGGUUUGACGAUAUGGAUCAUGGGUUGGCUGUCGCCGAUUCGCCGCACAGCGGGAAUGAAGGCCCCCAAGCACCAGAAAUGAGCUUCCUACCGAGGUAUUUCCCGAUUUCGAUUCCAUCUAGGGAGGUGUCUACACCUUCACGUUCGAUACCUAUACCGGCACCGCCGUACGAUUCAUCCUUGGUUGCUCCUCCACAUUAUGAUGUAGCAAAGACGGGAAGCGAGAGAAGUAGUGGUAACAUACAGAGAACGGGAGCACCUUCGGACGACGAAUCAUCACGACAGCGACAAGCAGACGGCUUGGAUGGACAUUUCAUUCGACCCAACCAAUCAGAAUCACCCCCACCUUCACCCGUACGGACAAGUACUGCGACUCCUUCUUUCCCUAGGCUCCAACAUCAGGUGGAGUCGGAAGAUUGUGAUCCUGAUAUAGAAGAUGUUGAUAUUGCUUUACCUCCCGGAAUUUACCUUGAUACUUCCGGAAAUUCAGCGAAGACCAAUAGCCGCUCACCUUCACCGUCGAGAAUACCUCCGGCGGGAUAACUUGUGUUUGUGUAUACAGACAUUCUAUUCCACCUUUCACUCGUACAUUGCCGCGAGAAUUGUACAAUACAUGCGUGUUUUAUACUGUAACCUGCACCCAA